GGGAAAGGUUCAGCUCGCGUAACUUCUGGAAAUCCUUCUUGGACUAUUUCCAGAAUUCAAAGCUACGGAAAACAUUACGAACGAUAAAAUAAACUUUAAACGAUAAAAUAAUAAGACAGAUAUUGCGAGAACGUACGUGAAAUAGUUGGUGGCAUUCGGAAACAGCAACUUGCCGAUGACGAUUCGAACGAGCAUAGCUCCAUCUAUGAAAUUCGAUUCCGUCCCGUUCGAAUUAGUAAGAACGCGGUAUAGGAAAUGUUACUUCUCAACAUGGCUUCGUACGUGCGGUUCGGAUUAUUAUUAUUAUUAGCCUGUUCUCCCUUCCUUGUGAAUGCAGUUAACAGGGACUCGUUUAAAACAUGUGAUCAAAGUAGUUUUUGCAGGCGUUGUCGAAAAGUUGAACCUGGAAAGACACCUUAUCAACUCUUGGUGGACACGUUCACUCAUAAUGAAUCUACUAUAAAUAUAGAUUUAUUCAAUAAAGAUACGGGAGUACUUUACAUAUUGCAAUUGACCGCUCUGAAAGACAAUAUGUUCAGGCUCCACAUCAACGAAAAGAAUCCUUUACAUCCGAGAUAUCAACCGGAGAACGCCCUUCAGGAUCAACCACAAAUAUCUAAAUUAACUUUGGUCGAAAGAACCGCGGAUCAUAUAACUGUAUCCAACGAAGGGAACAAAGUAAUUCUAUAUGCUAUUCCGUUCAGAGUAGACGUAUAUUCUCAGGACGCGUUGGUCGUGUCCGCGAACGCAAGAGGCCUCAUGAGAUUCGAACAUCAUCGUACAAAGCCUGCGAAACCGGAACAAGAGGAGAAUGCGGAAAACGUUGAGGCAACGCACGAUAAUCAAUUCCCGGGCGAUGGAGCCGACAGCGAUCCGGGAGCGUGGGAAGAAAAUUUUAAAACUCAUCACGAUUCGAAACCUUACGGCCCGGAAGCGAUUGCUAUGGAUUUCAGCUUCCCUGGAGCGGAACACGCGUACGGUAUACCCGAGCAUGCAGAUUCGUUCGCUUUGAAAUCAACGAAACAAGGCCACCCGUACAGAUUGUACAAUUUAGAUGUGUUUGAAUACGAAGUUAACGAAAAAAUGUCCGUGUACGGGUCUAUACCGGUACUGUACGCUCACGGGAAAGAGAGAACAACAGGGAUUUUCUGGCACAACGCUGCAGAAACGUGGAUCAAUAUUUUAUCAAGCGCGGACAACAACGUUGUCGAGAGUCUCGUAAACCUGGUGUCUGGUUACGCGAAAAAGUCACAAGUCGACGCCCAUUUUAUGUCAGAGGCAGGUGUGAUCGAUGUAUUCUUUAUGCUAGGCCCAAAGCCUUUGGACGCGUUCAAACAGUACACGACCCUAACAGGCACAGCACCUUUGCCACAAAUGUUCACGUUAGGCUACCAUCAAAGUCGUUGGAAUUACAACGACCAAGAUGACGUAAUGCAGAUAGCAGAGAAUUUUGAUGUACAUGAUCUACCUCUGGAUGCUAUGUGGCUGGAUAUCGAAUACACCGAUCAGAAAAAGUACUUCACCUGGGAUUCGCGAAAAUUCUCGAAUCCAAUAGAAAUGAUACACAAUCUGACCGCGAAAGGUAGAAAGUUGGUCGUUAUCAUCGAUCCACAUAUCAAGCGCGAUACGAAUUAUUUCCUCCACAAUGACGCUACCAAGCUUGGCCUCUACGUGAAAACGAGAGACGGAAAGGACUACGAAGGUUGGUGUUGGCCAGGACCAACAUCGUACUUGGACUUCUUCGAUCCGAAAGUACAGGAAUAUUAUAUAAAUCAGUAUAGCUUGGAUAGAUUCCAUGGGACUACAAACGACGUGUACAUCUGGAACGAUAUGAACGAGCCGAGCGUAUUUAACGGCCCUGAAAUUUCUAUGCCUAAGGACCUGGUCCAUUACGGUGGUUGGGAGCACAGAAGCGUCCACAAUAUCUAUAGCUUUUUUAUGACUAAGAAUACAUACGAGGCUUUGUUCAGAAGAUCGGGAGGUACUCUAAGACCGUUUAUACUAACGAGAUCCUUGUUCGCCGGAUCGCAACGUUACGCGGCCAUGUGGACCGGCGACAACAUGGCGGAGUGGGAUCAUCUGCGAAUAAGUUACCCCAUGUGUCUUAGUCUAGCCAUUUCUGGUAUGUCGUUCUGUGGCGCAGACGUUGGCGGUUUCUUCAAAAAUCCAGACUCCGAGCUCUUCGUCAGAUGGAACCAAGCUGGAGCUUGGCUUCCUUUCUUCCGGCAACAUUCUCACAUCGAGGCUAAACGACGGGAAGCUUGGACGUUCAACGAGGAAAUAUUGCAAAUUGUCAGAGAGGCUUUCAGAAUGAGAUAUUCCUAUCUACCGCUGUGGUACACCGUCUUCAGAGAUCACGAAGUGACCGGAGCUCCUGUUGUGCGUCCUCUCUGGGCUCAUUACCCAGGCGAAGUUGAAACAUACACGAUCGAUGAUGAAAUACUGAUCGGAGACUCGAUACUCGUCCAUCCGGUGUUUCAACCAUCCGUCACGGAUGUUAACGUAUAUUUCCCUGGAGAGGGCAAGGUAACAUGGUACGACGUUGACACGAUGCAACCCUAUCAUCAGCCAGGCAUAGUUAAUGUACCUGUGACCCUUCAUAAAAUCCCGGUGUUCCAAAGAGGAGGCUCCAUCGUUCCACGUAAAAUGAGAAUACGUCGUAGCACGGUUGCAAUGAAGAACGAUCCGUACACUCUGGUAGUCAUCACAGAUUCUAACGGGAAAGCUAACGGCACGUUGUACAUCGACGACGAGACCAGCUUCGAAUAUCGUCAUGGAAAAUAUCUGUAUUUGAGACUUAAUUUUGAAGGCAAUAAACUAACCUCGACGUUUAUAGAUAAGUUAGCUUCGUAUCAGACGGAGAGCUGGUUAGAAAGGGUAGAUAUAGCAAAUCCGCCUCAGGGAGUCACGUCCGCCGUAUUAACUUCACGUAAUUUGGGAAAAGUUACUUUGGAGGCUAAGUACAAUCCAAAUAAUAAUGUAUUAACCGUGCGCAAGCCGGGUGUAAAUAUGGGAGAAGAAUGGACUAUCGAAUUGAUCCACUAGAAUCACAGUUUUAUUCAUCAUAAUCUCAG